AUGAUGAAAAUACAGCAGCAGCAAGAUGUGUUUUGCACCUGCUUCAGCAUCUCAGGGGCCUAUGAUUUCCUGGGAAUCCAAGGAGUUGUUGAAGCCUACCAGAGCUGCCUCCCUAAGCUACAACUCUACGGGCCCACCAACAUUGCCCCUAUCAUCCAAAAGGUAGCCAAGUCUGCAUCCGAGGAGACCAACACCAAGGAGGCAUCGCAAUAUUUCAUCCUGCUGAUCCUGACGGAUGGUGUCAUCACAGACAUGGCUGACACCAGGGAGGCCAUCGUCCAUGCCUCCCACCUCCCCAUGUCAGUCAUCAUCGUCGGCGUCGGCAACGCCGACUUCAGCGACAUGCAGAUGCUGGACGGGGACGACGGGAUCCUGCGGUCCCCCAAGGGAGAGCCCGUUCUCCGAGAUAUCGUCCAGUUCGUGCCGUUCAGGAACUUUAAGCACGCAUCUCCAGCUGCACUCGCAAAGAGCGUUUUGGCUGAAGUUCCAAAUCAAGUCGUGGACUAUUACAACGGCAAAGGAAUUAAACCCAAAUGUUCCUCAGAUGUGUAUGAGUCUUCCAGGACACUGGCACCAUGAAUUUCUCCACACACUUUUACAGAGGUCUCAAAUAUUAUUCCUGCUAAUACUUAAUAUUCCUGCUACUCCAGUACUUAACAAAAAUCUAAAAUAGCACGUUUCGGUGAUUUUUAACUGACAUUUUU